AUGUCUUACGUCGCUAAGAACGCCACUCAAAAGCCCGGUCUUGAGGAACAGCAGCCUCAGCCCAAGAUCCACCGUAUCCGUAUCACCUUGACUUCCCGCAAUGUCAAGAACUUGGAAAAGGUGUCUGCUGAUCUUAUCCAGCGUGCCAAGGACAAGCAGCUCAAGGUCAAGGGUCCCGUCCGUCUGCCCACCAAGGUCCUCCGUAUCACCACCCGUAAGUCUCCUUGUGGUAACGGUUCCGAGACUUUCGACCGCUACGAGAUGAGAAUCCACAAGCGUUUGAUCGACUUGCACUCUCCCUCCGAGAUCGUCAAGCAGAUCACCUCCAUCUCCAUCGAACCCGGUGUAGAAGUUGAAGUUACCAUUGCUUAA